AUGGAUUGUCACAAUAAUACUCACCAAAACUCUGGAGAAGCAAAUGCAAAACAGCAAAUUUUGCAAAAUGAAGGAAAGAAAAACUCAAAUGAAAGAGUUUCAUCAAACAUAUCUUCAUCUCCUUCAUCAUCGUUCGAAUCAUCAUCAUCAGAGAUGGAGAUGAGGUCCUCUGAUAUGGACACCUGUCAACUGUACUCAAUGUCCAGUGGCUCGUCAGCCUAUUCAGACGUGCAGAGUUUGUCGACGGACGAUGGAGUGUCCAGGGGUGAUAUUGCUGAAAAAAAUGACAACUGUAUUCAACUUACCAAUGGACUCAUUACGAUGUCAAUGACAGACGCAAAACUAUGGUACAAGUUCUUAAAAGUGGGAACAGAAAUGAUUAUCAACAGAAAUGGAAGGAGGAUGUUUCCAUACGUCGAAUUUUACUUAAGAGGCCUAGAUCCUUUUGGAUUAUAUGACGUCAUUUUUGACAUCAUCCCCGCCAGCAACAAAAGCUUCAAGUUUCUCAACAACAAAUGGAUUCCGAUUGCGAGAAAAAAAGAAGACUAUAAGAAUCAUCCCUUCAAACAUCCGGACUCUCCUCGGAUUGGAUCGGAGUGGAUGACUCGAAAGAUUUCCUUUGAAAAAAUUAAAUUGUCAAACAAACCAAGCACAAAGCCUGGGAUGUUUACGCUUCACACAUUUCAAAAAUACCUGGUUCGCAUUUCCUUGGUAAAACGUGAAAAAGAUGAUGGGCUCUCCGUUGUUGAAUUUCCUAUUCAGGCCACAACUUUUAUAGCAGUUACUGCUUACAACAACAAAGACGUGACUGUGAUGAAGAUUAACAGCAAUCCGCAUUCAAAAGGAUUUCGUUUUCCAGUGAAAAGAUCUCCACUAGAUUUAUCCGCCAAUAAAGACAGUCGUCAAUCAAAUCAUGAUUCAGACUCUGAAGGCAGUGCUGCAAAUGAUAAGCAAAUACAAACAGAUGUUACAAUGGCAGACAUGGAUUUUCACUUCUACUUACCUACAUAUUCUAAUCCAGAGAGACACAUUGAGAGGAUUAGACCCUGUUUUUGCCACAUUUUUGGACAUUUCCCCAGAGGUUUGUGGGAGCCAGCAAGACAAACUGAAAAUGAAAAGAAAGUAUUGUGCACAGUGGAUGACCGUGAACGAGAGAAACUGGAGGAGAGACGGAUGGAAUACAAUGCCAGAAUAGAGACUGAUCACUUUCAGAGAGAAGGUGAUGAGGUCUUUAUCCCACAGCUGUUCACUCUCAAAGAGAAGUUGGUCUUUAUCCCACAGGCGAUCACUUUCAAGGAGAAGGUGAUGAGAUCUUUCUCCCACAGCCGAUCAUCUGAAGCAGAUGAUGAUGAGAUCUUUAUCCCACAGCCGAUCACUUUCAUGGAGAAGGUGAUGAGAUUAUUUGUUUGA